CAUUUCUGUAUAAUCUAGAACAAUAUUAGUGUAAUAUUUGCAAAAUGAUGCAAGAAUAUGACGACGAAUUCUUUUUCGAAGAGGAUAAAAUUUUGUUAUCUCUUGUUUGAUUUCGAUUGACUCAGUAUUUGCUGGGCUCUGUUGUGUAUUUUAGUGUCGUGUGUGUAUUAUGUGGCAACAAUCGAACCAGUUCUUCCCAUUCAACGAUCCAAGGAUUUAUCCACAAUUCUAUAUGAUGGCGCACGCUUAUGAGGACAAAAUGGGUAUGACGGUGACAUCAGGGAGUGUGGUGCUCAGUAAGGAUGAAAAGAAUUUAAUAGGCAUCAGUAUAGGAGGUGGAGCGCCACUGUGUCCAUGUCUAUACAUUGUACAGAUAUUUGACAAUACUCCAGCAGCUAAGGAGGGUACUCUACAAAGUGGUGAUGAGUUGGUCGGAGUCAACAGUCAGUCUGUGAAAGGAAAGACAAAAGUGGAAGUGGCCAAAAUGAUACAAGCUGCCAAGGAUGAAGUAACAAUAAACUACAACAAACUACACGCUGAUCCAAAACAAGGGAAGUCUCUAGAUAUCAUAAUGAAGAAGAUGAAGCAUAGACUGGUAGAGAACAUGUCAUCUGGAGCGGCGGAUGCACUGGGUCUGUCCAGAGCUAUAUUGUGUAACGAUACACUAGUAGCUAAAUUGGAUGAACUAAGAGACACUGAGACUACGUAUAAAAGAUUGGUUGAACACGCAAAAAGAAUGUUAAAAGCCUAUUUUGAUUUGCUCCAAACAUACAAGUCAGUUGGUGACAUCUUUGCCGCAAUCGGAGUUCGGGAGCCCCAAGCGAGGGCUUCGGAAGCAUUCAGCAAGUUUGGACAAUACCACAGACUUCUAGAACGAGAUGGUAUCAAGAUGUUAAAGGCUUUAAAACCUAUUUUGGCAGAUAUGGGCACAUACCUCAACAAGGCAAUACCUGAUACCAAACUGACCAUCCGCAAGUACGCGGAUACCAAGUUUGAGUACCUGUCCUACUGCUUGAAGGUCAAAGAGAUGGAUGAUGAAGAAUAUGGAUACAACGCUUUACAAGAACCAUUGUAUAGAGUUGAAACUGGGAAUUAUGAGUACAGGCUAAUUCUGCGAUGCCGUCAAGAUGCUAGAGCCAGGUUCGCUCGGCUAAGAUCUGAUGUGCUGGUGAAAUUGGAACUGCUGGACAAUAAGAAGACACAAGAUGUGGCCUACCAGCUCAGGAGAUUCAUACAGGGACUAGCCGUGUAUCACGAUGAAACUCUAGAACACUUGAAGGAGAACUCCACACUUUUCCCAGUCGAAGUGGACUUAUCACAAAAUGCAUUCCAGUACAAAUCCACCGCGCAGAUAUUACAGGACAAUCCAGAUGAUGAAGAAGAAAUAGAAUACGCAAAAGAAAUACAAGAAUACCACGAUAUCACUGAAACGGAAAUGAGAGAAGCAAAAGUAGUGAAUAGACGGUCAAACAAAGACAAAGAAGACACCGACUCCGCUGAACAACUGCUGCCAGCGUUUGACACGUGUGACAGUAUUGACAGAACUGUCAAAUCUGACGCAAUUGACAAUCUGUCACUUUUGACAGAAUUAGGACUAGCGGAUACAGCUAUGAGGGACGAUUUUGGUGAAUUCCAAAAUGGACUGUUAGACGGUUUGAUGCCGACGCAAAGCAAUGAUGAUGUUUUUGAUAAGUUAUUAAAUGAUCUUAAUAUUGGAAAUUAGUAGUAAUAAUCUAACUGAACAAUUCACGCAGCGCCAUCUAGUACUAAGUUAAGCAGAGCUUGUGUUAUGGGUACUAGACAAGUGAUAAAAGAUACAUAGAUAGAUUUUUUUGUUAAUUCAUACUUAAUAAACAUAGGACCGACACAAAUAAACGUACUAAUGAAGACAAAUGUUAGCAUCGUCCGGAAUCGAACCCGCGACCAUGAUCGAAAUGUACAAACGGUCAAACCAAUAAUACAAAUCUUUGUAUCGAGUGAGGAAUCAACGCGACCAUCGGAAAGCGUAUUAAACCGCUAGAACACCUAGAUUAUGAUUGAAUGAAUUAUAUUCAAAUAUUGCUUUUUAUACGUAUAGAAAAUUACAAACUGGACUAACUGCAAGCAGUGGUUCUCAGUCUAACCUUCCAAAGUCAGUGCUCAUUGAUAUACCAGAGGUAGACUUUGAAGAAAGUCGUCUGCGUGGAUACCUUUGGUAGUUCCACAUACUUCAGCCUCCAACUAGCUUUUUUUCGUUUGAAGUAAAAGAUUAUUUUAUUAAAAAUUCAAUAUUCUUUAGGAUUCCAUUAUUUAAAAAAAUAUUAUUUGACAUUUAUUGAAAACACAUAAUUUUAAAUUUUAUAUCUCGAUAAAUAUAUGUUCUUAAAAACUUUUGAAACAGUUUUUUGUUAGUGUAAAGCUAGGUUUUUAAGAUAUGACAAUUUCGCUUUGUUCCGUCACACAUUCGAUAUGGUUAAUAAU